AUGAUUGACCUGCUGCCCAAGUCGCUAACCAACAAAUUCAACGACGCAACUGUGAUAUCAAUCCACAAGCGCGACUGGAGCAGCGAUUCCUCUGGCAGCAGUCUGCUGAACCCCGUCGAAUCACCAAGACCACGACGGGGCCGUCGACGGCAGUGGAAGAUUUCGAGACUCCAACCCAGCAAAGCAAUAUGCUAUGCAGCAGCAAUCGCCCUCUUAACUGCCGUUUCGCUCUGGUGGUUUCUCCGCCCUACGUCGGCCGGAGGUCUCAUUGAAAUUCCGGAACCUGAUGUUGAUGAUGGGUUGGAAGAGGAUGGCCCAAUUCCAAUGGGAAAGUCCGUGGAUCGAAACGGGAGAGAGGUCUUCUGGUGGGAGAAGUUUCCCAGGCUUCAUGGCUUUUAUCGAGGGCGCAAAAACAUCGUUCCAUUCUCCGACUAUAUCCCAGAGCAACAGGUAAAUGCUUUUGACCCCUUCGAUCCUGGAAAGCACGACGACGACGCCGAACUGAUUGCGCUCCCGUCGCCCUUGCCAACGAACCUCGAAGAAUGCUAUGUGGAUGAAGAGAGGAGAACCCUGCCACCUCCAAUAUCCGCAUACAGGGGGUUACCGCAGGGCAUGAGUGCGCCUCUGUUUGGGUCUCAAAGAGAGCUUGGCAUCAAUGAUCAAGUGUGUUACGAUCGCCUAAAUCGACUGGCACCUUACGGCUUAGGACUUGCGGAAGAAGAAGGAGGACUCGGCCAAAAGCCAGAAGGUGACUACGAAGGAUUAGAACAGGUGGUUGCGAUUGACUGGAAGGGUGUGAAAUGGCGCGAUGCACAGCGGGGAUGCUUCGAGAAGAAUUCCAGUCGGAUUCGAUCUCGGACCGCCUUUGUGCUCCGCACAUGGAGCACCUUCCACUAUACGGAAUAUCACAUCGCUAUGCUACGCGCCAUUAUCAGCGAACUCGUGAUUGCGUCCGGAGGUCGAUACACGGUUCAUUUCCUGAUUCACGUCCAGGACGAUACCAUUCCAAUCUGGGCUUCAAAAGAGCUGUACAACGAGAUCCUGAGAGACAGCUUGCCCGAAGAAUUCCGUGGAAUGGGCACGCUCUGGUCUGUCGCGCAAAUGAAGUUGAUUUACCCUCCACCAUUUCCCGACAGCAUCGUGAACUUCUCAGGUGGCGACAUUUACGACGCAUAUCGAUCUUUACAUUUCCCGCUACAGUACUUUGCAUCCCGAUAUCCGGAAUAUGAUUAUUUUUGGCAAUGGGAAAUGGACAUUAGAGUCACGGGGCACUAUCACGAACUGUUGAACCAAAUCGAGUCCUGGGCCGGAAACCAACCUAGAGACUAUGCUUGGGAGCGAUCAUCGACGUUCUAUAUUCCGUCAUUGCACGAUUAUUCUUUUGCAAACUACGCUCAAUCUGUCGUUGACGAGGUGAGGGCGCGCAACGAAACACCAAUUUCCGGUCCACAAAUACCGCAGGAGCGGCUGCUUGAUAUUCCCGAACAAAAGACCCCAGAUGACAACGACGAAAUCACGGAUCUAAUCUCAUUAAACCCUCUCUUUAGUCCAGAACACACUCGCUGGGCCUUCCACGACGACAUAACCGGUUACAACGUCACCCGUGACGGACGACCCCCUACACGCGCCGCCCUGAUUACAGCCUCUCGAAUGUCGCGUCGGCUCCUCCUUCUCAUGCACGAGGAAACUUACCGGAACAAACAUACCAUGUUUCCAGAGAUGUUCCCCGCUUCCAUUGCUCUUCAUUAUGGUCUUAAAGCGAUAUCCGCCCCUCUUCCGGUAUACUUUGACCGGGAUUGGCCCAGCACCCAUGCCGACGAAGUCUUUAACAACGCACCUAUCGGCUUGGAGCACAAAAAAGCAGGCAUGGACCACGGACACGGACAUUUCCACGGUGAAGGGGGCAGCGUAUUCGGGCCCGGCGAGCACGUCUUCCGUGGCGCGACAUAUUAUUCAAACGCAGGAUUUGCCGGCUAUCUCUGGAGAAGAUGGCUUGGUAGAGAAAAUGGAAAUGACGAACUUGCCUGGGAGUCGGAAGGCGGGCCAGGAGGCGGGCGAAUGUGUUUGCCCAUGAUGGUGCUGCAUCCCAUCAAGUACGAAUGA